GUUAAAUUGAAAGUAGUGUAAACUACGUUGAGCUAAAUGUAUUUUACUGCGUUUAUCGUGUGCGUUUUUGCUGUUGGACUUGAAGGUCUCCGUGUCCAUGGUCCCUCGGGUCCGGUUGUGGCCCAGCUGGGAGGUUCGGUUCUCCUGCCAUGCUUUGUUGAAAGCCCACUGCCUCUGGAAGGUCUGCAGGUGGAAUGGAGAAAGAUGGAUUCAGAUUCUCUAGUCGGUCUCUUCCAACAAGGAAAAAGUCGACCAGAUCUCCAGAGUCAGGGGUUUAGAGGCAGAAUGGACUUUUUUCCACAAGAGAUCACAAAAGGGAACUUCUCCAUCUUACUCAAAAAUGUGGUUGAAGAAGACGCUGGAGGUUACAGAUGUAAAGUAAAUACAGCCCAAGACUCCAGUGAGGUCAUAAUAGAAGUAUAUCAUAUCAGGGGUCUUGUGGUGACCGGGGCAGACCAAAACAUCUUUGCCUCUAAGGGUGAGGAUGUCAUACUGAACUGUUCUGUAGAUUCACGUGUACCAGCCAGUGAGAUCGAAGAAGUGACCUGGAAGAGGAAAGACAAAGACCCAGAGAUCCUCGUCCUAUUAUAUCAAGACAAUGAGAUUUUCCCAGACUCCUCACAUGAGAGUUAUCACGGGAGAGUUGAUUUAUUUUCUUUUGAAAUCCCGAAUGGAAACUUCUCUUUAAAACUAAUGGAUGUAAAGAUGGAAGAUAAAGGAGAAUUCACAUGUGAGGUCCACACCAGGAACAUAUCAGGACGAACCACUGUGGUUCUUCAAGGUGUAGGUUUUGCUGCAGUCCAUAUAGCGAUAUUGGUGUUGUGCUCUUUUGCACUGUUAAUUGCAGUGGGAUUUUGUGGACCUGUUUGUAUCCUUCUAAGAAAGAAAGGUAUUCACCAGACAUAGUUCAUUAAAAAUAUAUUUUUCUCAUUAAAAUAUCU